GGGAAAUUUAUAAAGCAUUAAAUUUAGCAAUGAUUUCUGAAAUUGAAAGUGCUAAUAGCAGCACAAGCUCUCCUUCAUAUUCCCCUCAAGCUUCAAAUAUUAUUCCUAGCAUUUCUGAACUCUUCAACAUAGCUAAUCUAAAUAUAAAUAUUUCUGAACUAACCACAUCCCAUAACAAAAGCCAAAUCCAAAUGUCAGUUCAGACUACAAACUCACUUUUAAUGUUACACUUGGCCCAAAUGCAACAAGUUUUUCAACAAAAUGCCGAAAAUACGGCGCUUAUAAGUCAAGCAAUUAUUGCUGAAAAAGCAGCAAUGGCUAAUGAGUUGAUUAGAAUUAGGCAGCUAAAACUAAGAGGGAACGUAGACAUGAAGAAGAUUAAUUUUAAAAUGAAGGAUAAAAAUUUGAAAGCCUAUAAUAAUCCUCUAAGCGAAGGAAAUGACUUCCUAAAUGACGUUAAUAGUAGGAAGGACUUUUUUACACGUUGUGGAAUAACCUGGAAGUAUUUAACUUCAACACAGUCAAUUGGAGAGUUUGACGAACUUCGACGUAGGCAACAGGUAAUUUUUGAAAAUUUUUAUUUAUAA